CCGGAAGGUCGCCAACCUGCAAGUUCCCGCGGAAUGACGCUGCACGAACAUGCUCACCGGAAGAUCGCCCACCUGCAAGUUCCCGCGAAACGACGCUGGAUGAACAUCCUUGCCGGAAGGUCGCCAACCUGCAAGUUCGCGCGGAACGAAGCUGGACGAACAUGCUCGCCGGAAGGUCGCCACCUGGAAGUUCCCGCGGAACGACGCUGGACGAACAUGAUCGACGGAAGGUCCAGCACAAUCGAAUUUAGUCCGCGGUCCUGGCCAAUUCCUUUCAAAUUUCGUUUAAUUUCACCCGGAAUUGCCAUGCGGAACGGCAAUGGCGGUUCCCUCUGAACGACCCUGGACGAACAUGCUCGACGGACGGUCCGCACCUGGAAGUUCCCGCGGAACGACGCUGGACGAACAUGCUCGCCGGAAGGUCGCUAACCUGCAAGUUCCCGCGGGACGACCCUGGACGAACAUGCUCGACGGACGGUCCGCACCAUCAAGUUCCCGCGGAACGACGCUGGAAGAACAUACUUGCCGGAAGGUCGCCAACCUGCAAGUUCCCGCGGAACGACGCUAGACGAACAUGCUCGCCGUAAGGUCCAGCACAAUCGAAUUAAGUCCGCGGUCCUGGCCAAUUCCUUUCAAAUUUCGUUUAAUGCCACCCAGAAUUGCCAUGUGGACGCUGGAGGAACAUGCUCGACGGAAGGUCGGCACCCCCUCGGAACAACGCUGCACAGAACAGGGACACCGGAAGAUUGCCAAUCUGCAAGUGCCUCGGACCAACCGGAGCCGAUCCUUACCCGCCUGGAGCGAGUAAUUCAUGUAUAUACCUUAAAUCAAUAAAAUUAUUACUUAAGAUUUUAUGAAAAUAAACUUGCGAAAC